AUGCAUGAAGUUUUGAGCGUCUUCUCUCUCCAGUACAGCAGGAGGCGCUCUGCAGCUCUUUACUCCACCGAUAAACCCACUAAAGAAAGAAAGAAAGAGCUCGCGUGUGAUGUGUUUGUGUAUCUUCAGUGUUUUUCUCUCUUGAGUGUUUUAUUGAGUGUAAACAGAGUCUUGUCUCUGUGUAUUUUAGUGUCGAUGAUGGAUGUGAUGUGCUGUAAAUCAGGAACUGAUCAGGACUUACAGGAUGAGGAAUCUACUGAUCAAACCUCCACAGAGUCUCUGGAUUCUGUCUGUAACGCUGGAGAACAGCAGCAGAUCCUGCAGACCAAACUCAACAUGUGUUCAGUCAAACUCAUCGACUGCAGGAACCUCAUGAUGAAGAUCAAAACUGAAACUACAGAAAUAAAAACUGAACCCACCGAAAUAAAAACUGAACCCACCGAAAUAAAAACUGAACCCACAGAAAUAAAAACUGAACCUACAGAAAUAAAAACUGAACCUACAGAAAUAAAAACUGAACCUACAGAAAUAAAAACUGAACCUACAGAAAUAAAAACUGAACCUACAGAAAUAAAAACUGAACCUACAGAUGAAUUUGAAGACAAUCAUAAUGAUGGACAUGAACUUAUUAUUUCAGAUGUGAGGAGUGAAUUAUGUUUGAAUGGAGAAAUAACGUCCUCGACUCUUUCCUGCAUCGCCGGUGGAGAGACAUUGAGCUCACAGAGACAUUUAGAGAGAAAACACACAGAAGAGAAACUCUUCAGCUGCACCAGAUCUGAGAUCAGCUUUAAUACUUUUCAAGAGAAGAUAAUUCUUUCAGAAGAUCACAGAGAGAAGAAGAAGCAGUUUCACUGUCAGCACUGUAGGAAGGAUUUUGACUUUUUAUCUCAGCUAAAAGUUCACAUGAGGACACACAGUGAAGUAAAGCCUUUCUACUGCACUGAAUGUGGCAAAUAUUUCAGCACCAAACUAAAUCUUGAUGUUCAUAAGAGAAUUCACACAGGAGAGAAACCAUACGAGUGUCCUCAGUGUGAGAUGAUAUUCAGCCACGGACCUAAUUUGAAGGCACAUAUGCUUUUACACACCAAUGAGGGACCGUAUCAGUGCAGUGAAUGUGGAAAAACCUUUAAGGAUUCAGGUUCAUUAAAAUCGCAUCAGAAAAUUCACUCAGAGGAAAAACUCUUUCAGUGUUCACAAUGUGAUCAAAGUUUCAGUCACAAAUCUAAUCUGAUAGUCCAUGAGAGGAUUCACACUGGAGAGAAACCUCAUCACUGCAGUGUUUGUGGAAGGAGUUUUCAGGAACUUGGAACUUUAUUGUCACACCAGAAACUUCAUACAGUUGAAAGACCUUACAGAUGCUCUCAGUGUAAUAAGACGUUUACUUAUUCAUCUUCCUUAAAUGCCCACGAGAGACUUCACACUGGAGAAGAACCUCAUCACUGCUUGAUCUGUGGAGAGAGCUUCACUACUCGAUAUGAAGUCAUAGUUCAUGAGAGACUUCACGCUGGAGAGAAACCUUAUCACUGUAAUGUUUGUGGGAAGAGUUUCAGUCGACGUGGCUUUUUAGUGUCACACCAGAGAUUUCAUACAGGUGAAAGACCUUAUAAAUGCUCUCAGUGUGAGAAGACGUUUGCUCGAUCAAGUGGUCUGAGGACCCAUAUGAGAAUUCACACUGGAGAGAAACCUCAUCACUGCAGCGUUUGUGGAAAGAGUUUUAAUCAAAGUGAACAUUUAACGAGACACCUGAGAACUCAUACAGGUGAAAAACCUUACAAAUGCUCUCAGUGUGGGAAGUCAUUUGCUCAUUCAUCUACCUUAAAAGCCCAUCAGAGACUUCACACUGGAGAGAGACCUUACGUCUGCUCCAUCUGUGGAAAAGACUUCACUACUUCAUCUAAAGUCAGAGCUCAUGAGAGAGUUCACACUGGAGAGAAACCUCAUCACUGUAAUGUCUGUGGGAAGAGUUUCAGUCGACAUGACAAAUUAGUGAAACACCAGAAAAUUCAUGCACGUGAAAAAUCUUACAAAUGUGCUCAGUCAAGAGUUGAGGAAGACGAUACGCCACUGCCUCCAUCUGCCGAGUCCUACCAGCCCAGUUCUUCAGACUCAUCAACCCACAAGGCGGCUAAAAGAAAGAAAGAGCUCGUGUGUGUGUGUGAUGUGUUUGUGUAUCCUCAGUGUUUUUCUCUCUUGAGUGUUUUAAACAGAGUCUUGUCUCUGUGUAUUUUAGUGUUGAUGAUGGAUGUGAUGCGCUGUAAAUCAGUAGGAACUGAUCUGUCCAUGCUGGAUAUUGAUGAUUUCAUCACAGAAAUCUCUCAGCUGAAGAAAGAGGUGGCGUUACUGGAGACAAAGCUGAGGUUAAGAGGAGAUGAAGGACUGAAGAGAGAGGACUCCGAGCUCAGUCUGACUUUACUCUGUUAUACUGAGUCAAAGCACACAGACGCUCAGGACACUACAGUGUGUGACAGUAAUCAGGACUUACAGGAUGAUGAAUCUACUGAUCAAACCUCCACAGAGUCUCUGGAUUCUGUCUGUAACGCUGGAGAACAGCAGCAGAUCCUGCAGACCAAACUCAAGAUGUCUUCAGACAAACACAUCGACUGCAGGAACCUCAUGAUGAAGAUAAAUACUGAACCCACAGAAAUAAAAACAGAACCUACUGAAAUAAAAACUGAAUCCACAGCAGAUGAAUAUGAAGACAAACACAAUGAUGGUCAUCAUUUUAUUCUUUCAGAUGUUAGGAGUGAAUUAUGUUUGAAUGGAGAAAUAACGUCCUCGACUCUUUCCUGCAUCACCGGUGGAGAGACAUUGAGCUCACAGAGACAUUUAAAGAGAAAACACCCAGAACAGAAACUCUUCACCCGCAGCAGAUCUAAGAUCAGCUUUACUACCUUAAAAGAGAAGAAACUUCAUUCACAAGUGCACAGAGAGAAGAAGAAGAAGUUUCACUGUCAGCAAUGUGGGAAGAAUUUUGUCUUCUUAUCUCAGCUAAAAGUUCACAUGUGGACACACAAGCCUUUCCACUGCACUGAAUGUGGCAAAUAUUUCAGCACCAAACAAAAUCUUGUUGCUCAUAAGAGAAUUCACACAAGAGAAAAACCAUACAAGUGUACUCACUGUGACAUGAGAUUUAUCUGCAAACAUAAUCUGAAGGCACAUAUGCUUUUACACAUCAAUGAGAGACCGUAUCAGUGCAGUCAAUGUGAAAAAACCUUUAAGAAUUCAGGUUCAUUAAAAUCCCAUCAGAAUAUUCACUCUGAGAAAAAACUCUUUCAAUGUUCACAAUGUGAUAAAUGUUUCUGUUAUAAAUCUAAUCUGAUAGUCCAUGAGAGGAUUCACACUAGAGAAAAACAUCAUCACUGUGAUGUUUGUGGGAAGAGUUUUCAUCAACGUGGCACUUUAGUUUCACAUCAGAGAAUUCAUACAGGUGAAAGACCUUACAAAUGCUCUCAGUGUAAUAAGACGUUUGCUCAUUCAGCUUCUUUUAAAGCCCAUCAGAGAGUUCACCCUGGAGAGAAACCUUAUCACUGCUUGAUCUGUAGAGAGAGCUUCACUACUCGAUCUGAAGUCAUAGUUCAUGAGAGAGUUCACACUGGAGAGAAACCUUAUCACUGUAAUGUUUGUGGGAGGAGUUUCAGUCGACGUGGCGGUUUAAUGUCACACCAGAGAACUCAUACAGGUGAAAGACCUUACAAAUGCUCUCAGUGUGAGAAGACGUUUGCUCAAUUAGGUGGUCUGAGGACCCAUCAGAGACUUCAUACGGGAGAGAAACCUUACCUCUGCAGUGUUUGUGGGAAGACUUUUAAUGAAAGUGAAAGUUUAGUGAGACACCAGAGAACUCAUACAGGUGAAAAACCUUUCAAAUGCUCUCAGUGUGAGAAGUCAUUUGCUCAUUCAACUUCUUUAAAAGCCCAUCAGAGACUUCACACUGGAGAGAGACCUUAUGUCUGCUCCAUCUGUGGAAAAGGCUUCGUUACUUCAUCUCAAGUCAGAGUUCAUGAGAAAGUUCAUACUGGAGAGAAACCUCAUCACUGUAAUGUCUGUGGGAAGAGUUUCAGUCGACAUGACAAUUUAGUGCAACACCAGAAAAUUCAUGCACGUGAAAAAUCUUACAAAUGUGCUCAGUCAGCUUCCUUAAAGGGGUCAUAGUGUGAAAAAAGACUUUUCCAUGUUUAAGUGUUAUAAUUCCCCAGUGCUUCUUUCAACCUAUUAACUUUGUUUCUGUAAUCUGUUCUCUGCAAGCAUCUGAAAAAUAAUGUCAUUCAGAUUUCCUUGUUUUGUGAUGUAGGUAGCGAGUCUUAUUACAAUAAUACUGCCACUUAUUCUGCACUAUCCAACUAUUGAUGAGCUGCUCCCCGCCCACUCCCCACAGCAACGUCUGACAAAUACUUGCAUGCUCAAAGUGAAGUGUGACCGCGGUGUAUUCACCUUGAUAAUAAAUUUUUUUGUCUGUGUGUGUUUGUGAAUAUUUAGCUGUACUCUGCAACUUAUAUGUAUUUGGUGGGCUGGACAUUUCUGUAUUUAUAAAAGGGUGUGUUGGGUAA